AUGAAGGAGCUGAUAACCUUAAGCCUUUUACUUGGACUCGCAAGCGCAGCAACAAAUUCAACAAGCAGUAAUGAUAUCCCAAUCAAUCCAGCCGCACUUUCAGGUAUUCUAAUUGUCUUGAUGCUAUUGGUUUUCUUGUAUGUUGGAAUGAAAGCUCUGGCAGGUAUUGAAGGACCAACUACAUACUCGAAUGUUCCACUAAUGGUCGGCAAAGAAAAAUAA